AUGCAGCAACAGCAGCAGGAGGGGGGUGAGCAGAAGGAGCAGCAGAACCAGGAUCAGCGGUUGAAGGCGGCGGAGCAGCAGAACCAGCAGCCGCACGGGUGCCCGCGGUGCCAGUCCAUGAACACCAAGUUCUGCUACUACAACAACUACAGUCUCUCUCAGCCACGGUACUUUUGCAAGGCGUGUAGGAGGUACUGGACUCAGGGAGGGACCCUCAGGAACGUUCCCGUCGGCGGCGGAUGCCGGAAGGGGAAGCGCGCCAAGGGGGGUUCCUCCUCGGCGUCAGCAUCUCGGACCGUGCAGCCGCAGCCAUCACAGAAAGAGCAGGACAUGCAGAACAAUUUGGGAAUUGGCGGCGGGUCCGUGGGGAUGUCUACGGCCAACCCGAGCGGUGGAUUGGCUAUUCACCAUCAGUACUACCCUGGUUCUUCUCAUGGGUACUUGUCAUCUUUUGCAGGGCUUCAAUCUCUGAGUCAAUCUCAGCCGUUCAAUGUUGGGGGCGGUCAUGAUCCUGCCUCGAACAUGAGCCUGCUGCAGGGGUUCAAUCUCUCAGUUCCUAUGGUGGCGUUGCAGCCGCAGCAGCGUCAGCAGUUUUUUCAGGUGAGCGGCGCUAGGAGCAACAGUCUGUUGGAUCAAGCUGCUCUGUACCCAUCUGAGCAUGAUCUGUGGGCCCCCCAGAGCGUCGUCAACAGAUCAUCUGUGAAUCCUUCUUCUUCUUCUGCAGCAGCAGCCUCGGACAGCGCUUUGUGGACCAUGGGCCAUAACAAUCCCAUCACCACCACCACCACCACCACCACCACCACUACCAGCAGCAGCGGCGGCGGCCCAUCUCUGAACCCAAAGCAGUGGCCUGAUCUGCCCGGAUCAUAUGGCUCUCCUAAUUGA